UCCAAAAAAAGAACACUCACACAUACACCACUUUCUAUCUCUAUCUAUCUCUCUCUCUUUCUUUUGCCGGCGAACAUGGAGAAAGGCUUCUCUCCCGUUGGUCUCAGGGUUCUUGUGGUUGACGACGACCCAACCUGGAUCAAGAUCCUCGAGAAAAUGCUCAAGAAGUGCUCUUACGAAGUCACUACCUGUGGGUUAGCUAGAGAAGCUUUGAGGUUGCUACGGGAGCGUAAGGACGGGUUUGACAUCGUGAUCAGCGACGUGAACAUGCCUGACAUGGACGGCUUCAAGCUCCUUGAGCACGUUGGACUCGAACUGGACCUCCCUGUCAUAAUGAUGUCGGUGGACGGUGAAACAAGCAGAGUCAUGAAAGGAGUCCAGCACGGAGCGUGUGACUACCUGCUGAAGCCGAUAAGAAUGAAGGAGCUGAAGAUCAUAUGGCAACAUGUUCUGAGAAAGAAACUUCAAGAAGUGAGAGACAAAGAAGGCUGCUGCUAUGACGGAGGAGCUGACUGGUUCACCCAAGCACACUUUCUUGGAGGAGGUGAAGAUGUUUCUUUUGGGAAGAAGAGAAAAGACUUUGACUUUGAGAAGAAGCUUCUUCAGGAUGAGAGUGACUCAUCAUCUUCCUCCAAGAAAGCUAGAGUAGUUUGGUCUUAUGAGCUUCACCAAAAGUUUGUUAACGCUGUUAACCAGAUCGGAUGUGAUCACAAAGCUGGUCCAAAGAAGAUAUUAGACCUCAUGAAUAUUCCAUGGCUCACUAGAGAAAAUGUUGCAAGCCACCUUCAGAAAUACAGACUGUACCUGAGUAGAUUAGAGAAAGGGAAGGAGAUAAAGUGUUAUUCUGGUGGAGUAAAGAAUAUGGAUUCACCUCCAAAAGAUGCUGAGAUUAAUUCAGGACAUCAAAGCCCUCCUGGCAAGAGCAGCUAUGCAUUCCUUAAAGCAACAGAGACUGAUCAAAAGCAACUUGCUUCAUCUUCUGUGUCUGACCCCACCAGUGAUGUCCACAUGCCUCCAAAAGCCAAAAAGACACGUAUAGGAUUUGAUCCUCCCAUCUCAUCCGGUGUGUUUGGCUCUCUGCUUCCCUGGAAUGAUGUUCCAGACCCAGUUGAAUCCAAGCCUCCAAUUCUGUACGAGAGCAGCUUUCUCCAGCAACAACAACAACCAUUGGCAAGCCAAAGUUCCUAUGCUGCAAACUCUGCACCGUCUCUCUUGCAAGAGGAAAUGAAGCCUUCUUAUGAGAACACAGCAGCAGGUGGCACUUGUGAGAUUCUCAUGCCACAAGAUCUGGACUUGUCCGCUCCCCUCUCUGCCGUCCCCUGUGUGAAGCUGCAGGAGUUCAGCCCAAAUGCAACCAGCAAAAAUACAGAGUUGAACUGGGAACUUCCAGAAGCGCAUCAUUCAGGUUCUUUAGACACUGACUUAGAAUUGAGUUGGCUUCAAGAAGAGCAUUUCUUCGCAAACACCGGACUCCAAAACUUCCAGUUUCAAGAUUACACUUGUAACCCAUCACUCCUGUCUGAGCUCCCACCCAACCUUUGGUAUGGAAACGACCGGCUGCCCGACCCUGACGAGUAUACCCUCAUGGUAGACCAAGGUUUAUUCAUAUCUUGAGCUUGUUCCAUUAACUUAUUUUCCGUAUAUUGGUUUGGUGUUAUGCAGAAAGAUUUUGUGGGUAUACCUGAAAAUAAUAAUCUUGCUUUUCCCAAGAA